AAUUGCAUACAACAAAAUAAUUAAGUUCAAAGAGAAACCAGGAAAAUAAGAGGAGGAAGAAGGAAGGAAUAAAAUGGAUGGGACAACCCGAGUCACGGCAAAGGCGGUGGCUAUUAUCACCGGAGAAGACAACGUCAGGGGAUAUCUUCAGUUCACUCAGGACUCAUACGGGACUACCCAGGUGACAGGGAAGAUAACUGGGCUUACACCAGGCAACCAUGGCUUCCAUAUCCACUCCUUUGGUGACACCACUAAUGGCUGCAACUCCACUGGCCCUCACUUCAAUCCAUUAAACAAAAACCAUGGAGCUCCAAGUGAUAAAGAGCGGCAUGCUGGUGAUUUGGGCAACAUUGUUGCGGGCCCAGAUGGGGUUGCUGAGGUUUGUCUUAAAGAUAGACUGAUUCCACUGAGUGGGAGUCAUUCUAUAGUGGGGAGGGCUGUCGUUGUCCAUGCAGAUCCUGAUGAUCUUGGCAAAGGUGGGCAUCAACUCAGCAAGACAACUGGGAAUGCUGGUGCAAGGAUAGGAUGUGGUAUAAUCGGCCUUCAGUCUUCUGUUUGAAGAAGGACUUGCAGAUAAGAGAUGGUAAUAAUAUUGUGAUUUACAUAGAUCCAAAGUUAUAUAGCCGACGAGUUAUCAAAGUGUUGAAGAAGUUCCGGGUUGGGAUGAUAAUAAGUAGGCUUUAUUGAUGUAUCUUGAAAUUUACUAGUCUAAACAUGGCUAUUUCUCAGGAGUUUCAGUUGUAAUUUUUUCUUUUUAUGUUGCAAAAUUGAAUUACAUGUGAAUUGGUAAGCACAAUGCAAUUGCCAAACUAAACUUAUUAUUAUUA